UUUUUAUUUUAUUGAAAAUUCUAGUUUAGGGAAAGUAUUUAUGAAAUCUACAAAUGUUACUCCCUUUUAUUGUGAAACCUGCAUUGAUUGUAUUUGUUGAUAGAAAAUAUUGAUUAUUGUAAAUAUCUGAAUGAUCAAAUCAGAUUUGUUGUGUUUCUAAUUCCAAAACUUAUAAAAUUUUUUUAAUAUGUGAACACUGAACACUGAGCAACCCCUUAUAUACAUUUUUCAAAUGCCUCUCCAAAUGUUUUAGUAAUCACCCAUAUUAAUCACAAUUUGACCAAAGUACAACAUAAAGCUUGUAUUAUUAUGUAUUAUUGUAAAUAACAAGUUGAAAUAGUAGCUCAAGUCACAUCUUAGCCUUAAUAGUCAUAUUUUCCCAAAUCUUGAUGACCUUUUUAUGUUUAAUUGUUUUUGUAAUGAUGUGUUGCCAAAACAAUUAUACUAAAAAAUAUGAAAUAAUUGUCUGUAAAAUAUCUCUGAUAAAAACUAAAUUGCCAAGUAAUUUGCAUUAAGAAUUUGUUACAUAUUACUUUUUAUAUUGAAGAGUCUCGUAUAAUCUGUUUUCUGUAUGUUUCAGAUAUACUAUAAAGAUAUAUGAUGGAUGAGAACUAUAACCUAAGAUGGAACGACUAUGAGAAGGGUUUGCUAGGAGGGUUCUCGAGUAUCAGAGAGAACAGAGAACUAUUCGAUAUUUCUCUAAUGUGUGAAGAUACUGUUUUACAGGCCCAUAAGUUGGUGUUAUCUGCCUGCAGCCCUGUUUUCAGACAAAUACUCAAUAGUCUCACACAGAAUAGUCCUAUAGUAUAUCUGAGAGGAGUAUUCUUGAAGAAUAUUGAGUCCCUGUUGAACUUCAUGUACUCCUAUUGUUUAGUAUAUCUGAGAGGAGUAUCCUUGAAGAAUAUGGAGUCCCUGUUGAACUUCAUGUACCAGGGAGAGGUGAACAUCAACCAGAGCAGGAUUACAGAGUUCCUCGCUACAGCAGAAGACUUGAAGAUUAAAGGUUUGUCCCGGAGUGAGGGUGAGUCUGGAUCUAAUAAAACCAAGUCAGUAGAAGAUGAAAAGGAGGAGGAGCAGAUGGAGAAUGGGAAUGGAAGGAAGAGGGUUAAACUAGUUUCAUCCAGAUCUCCAGAUACUGAAGUACAAGCUGUGGCUUUAAAGAAAGAAUUAAAAUCACAAUCUGUGAUGGAGUACAGUCAACCUGUAGAAGAAAACCAAAUUAUCAUUCCAAAAUUAAAGGGCUCAGAUAUGUUGGAUAUUGUUGACAAUGAUUAUAUAGAUGAUGACUUUAACUAUAGUUCCAUGGACUACUCAAGCUUUCAGGAUAAUAGUUCGGACUAUCAAAUACAUAGUAAAGAAUAUCCAACUUCUGAUCCAGGGAGUCAAAUGCAACAGAAACGACGCCGUCAGCAUGUUGUUAGUUUUAUCAGUAUAAAUAAGGUUAGGUUGGAUAACGGGUACCAGUGUCUCCUCUGCAAGAAGCAGACGGCCGAUAACUCAAAUAUGAACAAGCAUAUAGAGUUCACGCAUCAAACUGAUCUUAAAGAAUAUCUUUCUCAUCUUGUAAUGUAGAGUAUUCAAUCAUCUGGUGUAAACACCCCCCCCCCCCUUUUAGAUUUGUUAUUCAUUUCCGAUUCAGGGUAUUUUUAUAUUUCGUUAUUCAUUAUUCUAUGAAGAAAACUUGUGGGUAUCUCAAUUCCAUUUUAAAUACAUGACUUUUUUCUGGCCAUGUUAAUGUGCACGAGCAAACAGAUUGUGUUAACUGAUUGGGCUGAGAAUCAUUUUUAAAAUAACUUUUCGAAAAUUUAAUCUCAAAUGCACAAAUAUUUAAUUCUACAAUAAUUACUAGUUUCCCAAUCUUAGAGGGGAGGGGGCGGGUCCCUGCCAUCCCCCAUGUUACGCCCCUGUUUUCUGAAUCACACUGUUGCAGUAUUGCGUACUAUAAAUAACCCUGAAUGAAUAGUAAGGGUUUGAACUUGAUAAGAAUUGUAUUAUUAAUUAUUUUUCUCUUAUCAGUUUCUUCUUCCUGAUAUUUCUUUCUUUUACAAGAAAACACAACCUGUUGUAAACGAAAAGGGGUUGAGAUAUCCGUUUUUAAGGAGGGAGGGGGGG